CUCUCUCUCUCUCUCUCUCUCUCUCUCUCUUGUCUCAUGUCCCGUUCAAAACAUUUAACCGACUAAAUCAUCAAUUCACUCCUCCGUUCAAUCGAUCGAUAAACAGCUGAGAAGAGCGCGAGUCAAAUCGCUUCCCUCUGCUGCCCAAUUCCCGUCGUUUCAAUGCAACUUCUGGGGCGAAUUUCCGAUUCUUUGACAGCCGCAGUUGACCCAAGACACUGUUCCCUCCCUUCUUUCCGCGCCGCCAGGAGUUGAGAUUGAAUCCGGAUUCUGGGUUCUGUAGUGUCGACUUCCGUGAGGGUUCCUGAGCUGUGGGUUUCCUGAAUUUGCUGGUUCCUUGACGCGAGAAUGCCUCAGGAGAUAGCGGGUGACCAAGACCCGGAAGACUCUGAUGCUGAGUUCGUUGAAAUUGACCCCACUGGUCGAUACGGUCGGUACAAGGAGGUUCUGGGAAAGGGAGCUUUCAAGAAAGUAUAUCGGGCAUUUGAUGAAUUGGAAGGAAUUGAAGUAGCGUGGAAUCAGGUUAAGGUGGCAGACUUCUUGAAGAACUCGGAGGAUUUGGAGCGUCUCUACUCGGAGGUCCACUUGCUUAAGACUUUGAAGCACAAAAACAUCAUCAAGUUCUACAAUUCAUGGAUUGACACCAAACACAUGAACAUUAACUUCAUCACUGAGAUCUUCACCUCGGGAACACUGCGGCAGUACCGGAAGAAGCAUAAGCAUGUUGACUUGAGAGCAUUGAAGAAGUGGUCUCGACAGAUAUUGGAGGGUUUACUCUAUCUCCAUAGCCAUGAUCCCCCAAUUAUUCAUCGGGAUUUGAAGUGUGAUAACAUCUUUGUUAACGGAAACCAAGGUGAGGUGAAGAUCGGCGAUCUGGGAUUGGCUGCCAUUCUUUGCCAUGCUCAGUCAGCCCACAGUGUCAUCGGCACUCCUGAGUUCAUGGCACCAGAGCUAUAUGAGGAGGAAUACAACGAGCUUGUGGACAUCUAUGCAUUUGGAAUGUGCUUGUUGGAGUUGGUUACUUUUGAGUACCCAUAUGUUGAAUGUGCGAAUGCUGCUCAAAUAUACAAAAAAGUGACAUCAGGAGUAAAGCCUGCAUCUUUGGAAAAAGUGACAGAUCUCAGAGUGAGGGCAUUCAUUGAAAAAUGUAUUGCGAAUGUCUCUGAUCGGUUGUCUGCGAAAGAGCUUCUAAAGGAUCCCUUCCUACAACCAGAUGAAGAAAGCGAGAGCUUGGGCAAAUCCUUGCGACCCAAGACUCAGAAUGCCGAUACUGCAUGCGAGACAACUAUUGAUUUUACAGUGCAGGGUCAAAGGAGGGAUGUCAAUACAAUAUUUCUCAAAUUAAGAAUAGCAGAUUCCGAAGGGAAUUUUCGGAACAUUCAUUUCCCGUUUGAUAUUGAAGUGGAUACCUCAAUGGCCGUUGCUACUGAAAUGGUACAAGAGCUAGACUUGACAGAUCAGGAUGUUUCAGCUAUUGCUGCUAUGAUCGACUCCGAGAUUCGAUCUCAUUGUCCAGAUUGGGCUCCAUCAGAGGCUUCUGGCUCUAAUUCUGAUGAAGCUGUUGUAAAUUCCGAGAGCUUUUCCUCUGAGAUCAAUGACAACGGGUCUCUGGUAACCACUGACCCAGCCGCUUCUGGUAGUUAUAUGCCAGAAAGAACAUCUUCAGGUCGAAAGUACUGGUUCAACUCAAAGAAACCGAUGGAUGUCAAUGCUCCACCACUCCAUGGACCCUCCAACUUAUCUGAUGAUUCAGCUGCUGUUGAAGGUGGCCUGCCAGAAGAGAGCCCACAAUCUCCUGUCACGCACUGGGGUAAUGGAGAAAAUUCAACUGGCGAAAAUGAUAGUGCGGAGAAGGAGGCAAGUAGGUCUGGGGAAAAAGGAUCUGAAGGAGGAAGCUGGAAAAGUGAAGACGACUUGUGUGCUAGGACUGGUGAACUUGUUGUACAAGGAGAGAAUCUUGGAGGUUCGGGUAAUGUGGGAUCCGAAGAUAUAAACAGAAUAGUCGAGAAAUUCAAGCAUCUAUUACUGGAACAGGAGAGGGAACUGGAGGAGCUGGGGAGGAAGCACCGUAAGGCCGUAUCAGAACUCUUGGAUGGGCUUUCUCAGGAUGCCCGUGAAGUGGUCCUAAGUUUAUGCAAGCAGAAGGCUCCUGAUCACGUAGCGUAGAAAGCACGACCCACUGAUCGUUUGUGAGAGCCUUGCAGCUUCUAUCUCCUUGAGGUGACCUUCUUUACGGCAGUGGUGGAAUACUCAUUAUUCGGAAAGCCGUUUGUCGGUGCCGGGGAAGAGAUAAGUUGUCUUACGAGUUCUAUUCUACGGGAGCCAAGGAUCGGAGUUUAUUGCUUGAAGAUGGGAUGCAUGUUAGUACUAAAGUUUGGAUGUAAGAUCCCCAUGUUUGUUUAUUCUUGAUCUCAUAUAUAUAUAUAUAUAGAUGAUGGGAUUUUUUAUUUUUUUUUGUUGGGGGGGGGAGGCGGCUUGUAUACAUGUACAUAUGUGGUUUCUUAUUAUUCACCAAGAAUGAAUAUUAACCAACACGCGAUUCUUAUGUACUUUGAAUAUACUUUGGAUCCAA